CUUUGAGGUGUCACAUGCUAAACAGUCCGGCCACAGUUGACAGCAAUGGAGGGUAGACCGAGCAGAGGCAGAGGAGGCAGCUGGAGAAGAGGCGGCCGAGGUGGACACGACAGCGACAGCUCUGGCGGUGAACACCGGGGCAGAGGCCGGGGAGGCCACCACCGCGGCCGGGGGAAAAGAGACCACUACCGGGGCCGUGGACGCGGCUGGAGCGGCCAGGCAGCGGAGUUCCAUCACCGGAAUCGCGAUGAAGGAGAAAACUUUCACGAGGAAGACGACGACAGGGCGGAGGUGUUCUCCAGGAGGAAACUAGCGUCAAACUGGGAACGUUAUGAGGCGUCAGAGAAGCAGGAGCCUGAUGAUGAGACGCCCACACAGAGAGGAACAGACUACCACGCCCUGCUGGGGACCGCAGGAGAUUCCUUCACUCAAUUCCGGUUUUCAGAAGAAAAAGACUGGGAGAUGGACUCAUCUGCAGCCAGUCAGAUGUUUGCAGGGUUUGUGGACCUCCCAGCGCUCGCACAGAGCCUCCAACAGGUUCCUCUCCACCAGAGACUCAACCUGGAGGCCGAGCUGCUUCAGGUCUCCACACCAGUGGAGCUGCCCACUAUGACCAUCGCCCCGAAACAGGAGCCGCCCAAAACAUUCACUCCUCCGACUGCAGCUCUAAAAGUCCUCAGCACCGACCAGAAGGUCCCCUCAGCUACAAAGCCGGCCUCGGGGUCCGACUCACGGGUUUCCUCGGCCGCUGCAGAGCCGCUGGCGGGUGAUGGAGGUGAUGGAGGUGAUGGAGGUGAUGGAGGUGAUGAAGAGCUGGACCUGCUGCUCAGUUUACAGAAACCAGUCCCAGGAGCAGGAAGCUGCUCCGUCAGGGUUGAGGAGGCUGCCGUUACAGAGAAAGCUGGUGAGGAAAUGAAGGAGGUGGUACCAGAGGUGAUGGAGGAGAAGAUGGAGGAGGUAAAACACAAAGAUGUCACACCUCCCAAGUCUUGUUCUGUCAAGCAGGAAGUGACAGAAGAGGACCUGGAGGACUGGCUCGACAGCAUGAUCUCCUGACCAUCAACCCACAAAUAGAACUGAUGAAGGAGUUUGGUGUUCACAUUCAGCCUUGAAUCCAAUUAUAAAGGACAUGAAAGUUGGAUGUUUCUUUCACCUUUGCAUCUGCUUUUUUUUGCCAAUUAAAAAGCAGGUGUCAAGUUAUUUGUUCAUUAGUUUCCAGGGCUGAAUGAGAGACAGUAUGUUUAAAGGUGAAGAGACAGGACAGCACGUAUUUGUGAUAAUGUGUCAAAAUGUUCCCGCUGCACUUCGUGUUUCAGAGAAAGAAUCCUCUGUUCCUUGUGAAAGGUACACACUACACUAGUGUCGCCGUCAGAGGGAUCACAACUGCACCAGGCACGGAUGAAUGAAACAUUGCUUUAUUGCAUCACUUACUUUAUUCAUUUCCUCCCCCUCGUCAAAAGAAAUGCAGUUUACCAAAGCUACUACAUACAUACAAAUGGCCAUACAAUAGCAGUUAACCAUGUUGUCAUCAAUAAAUCUUUGAACCAAG